UUUUUUUAAUCGUUUUUUCCUUUUGAAAGCCACCAUUCAAAGGCUCAUAGAAGGUAGGGGGAAAAUUUUUGACACCCCACCGAAAUUCCAAGAGCAAAAUCCGCAAAAUUUUUCUCUGUAAGAACAAUCUACCAACGCACACACACAGGAACAAAGCUAGCAGAGGAGAUCUGCCAGAUUGCUGUUCAUUCCCCACCUUCACCCCCCCCCACAGAUCUCCUCGUGUCCGAUCCGAUCGGAAUCCGCCUCUUUUAUAUCUUGGGAUUUUUUCUAACAAUAUUUUCCCCUACCUCAAUUCCCAAUUCUUCCUUUUUUUGGAUUCCCCAUCAAUUUCCCUACAGUUUUCAUCAAUUUCGGUUUCCUUGUCUGCUAAUUUAGUCUCCCACUGUUUGGUUUAGAUUCAUUGUAUUUGCCCCGAGGGUGAUUGGUUUGGUUUGGUUUGUGGGGUUGUGUUUUUAUACCCGGAAAUGGUGUCACCAUGAGGAUUUUGGGUUUGUUUGUGUUUGUUUUCUUGAGCUGGGGGUUGUUAUUUUGAUGGCUUCGGCUCAGGUUUUGCCCAAUUCGAUGGCCUCGACUCGGAAAUUAGAGCAUUUGGAAGCAGGGAAGCGUCGGAGAUUAUCACGGCCAGCCAGCAGGGUGAGGUUUCUUGAGUGGAAGGGGAGAAAUUUAGAGGAGUUCAGAAAGAAAAAAGCAGCAGAGCGAGUUAAGAAGGCUGCACCACUAAGCCAAAAUCACAUUUCAGAUGCUGGCUCCCAGGAGAAGAAGCCUUUAGAAUCUGAACAUGCCCAACGGAUUACAGAUUCUGAUGGAGCUACAACAACGAAUGGAGCAGGCAGAUCUGGUAUUGAAUCAUCUUCUGCUCUGAUCAAAGAUGACAGACCCUCAGAUAACUUUUCUCGGAACAUUGAUCAAAAUGCCUUGAAUGAAAAACAUGCUAGCUAUCCUUUUUCAAGAAAUGGUGAUGAAGUCUUUUCUGCUGACCGAGUGAAGCAACCAUCAAACGGUCAAGAAAUUAAGACAUUCAAUGGUUCAAGGCCCUCUGGAACCACAGAUGUUAAUAGUAGAAAUGAGAUAUUAGAUAUACAUAAAGACUCUGAAGUAAUCAAUGGACCCCAGGCUAGAAUUUCGUUUCAGAGUGCAUUUGGCAUUAACCCUCAAGCAAGUGAAGGGACCGAUAGCAUUAUUAGUCAAUCUGCUCACCAUGGGGUGGAUGGACUACUCUUUAGGAGAGAGAGUCAAGAGAAUUCUAUACUUAAGAGCUCUGGUUCUUUGCAUAAGACUUCUGCAAAUAUUUCUCCACAGAAUACUGUUGGCAAUUUACAAGAUACCGAUUCCAGUAGUAACAAUAUUUUGGAUAGUGGAUAUUCUUUCCAGUCAUCUUAUGAUGGCUUCUUUAAUAGUACAACUAGAAAAGGAUAUAGUUCCCAUGAAGCUAGGGAAAAUGUGCACAGAAAUUUUGAAUUCAUCGACAAUCAGACGUCUGAUCUCGAACAGCGAAAGCCCAUUGAUGUGACUGAUUUUACUAGAAUCAAGCCUGCAUUUGUGCAGUCAUCUGAAUCUGCUGGCUUGAAUGCUGAUAUUAGAACCCCCUCCAACUAUGAACCACCAUAUACUGCAUCGUCUGAAAAUAGUUUUAGGAGAUCUCGCCCAUCAUUUCUUGAUUCUCUUACUGCACCUAAGGCUCCUUCAGGGAGUUUUCUUGGACAUGCUGAACGUGAUAAGGAACCUAGAAUAUCUGAUGAGUUUAAAGUUGAAAAAGAUGCUUCAGUACCCUUUUCCUUUCAGAACCCUAUAAAAUCCGAUGGGCUCAGAACAGACGAACGUGAUGGCUCAGAGUCAUUAACUUUGCAGAAGCCAUUAAUGAAUGCGAAAACAGUGGGAACAUCCUCAGACUUUACUUCUCAAAACACUCCAGUGCUGUAUAGCAAUUCAUUUCCUCCUCCAGUUUUUUCUGUUAAGGGGGUGGACCAGCCAAUUACAGGAAUUGAGGAUAAUACUAUGGAGAGGAAACAUGAGCUUUAUUCAUCCAAGCAAAAUGAAGAUUUUGCCGCUCUGGAGCAGCAUAUUGAAGAUUUGACACAAGAGAAAUUCUCGUUACAGAGAGCUCUGGAGGCUUCAAGGACUUUAGCAGAGUCCUUAGCUGCUGAAAAUUCAUCUCUUACUGAUAGUUAUAAUAAACAGAGAAGCGUUGUCAACCAACUGAAAUCAGAUAUGGAGAUGUUACAGGAGGAAAUGAAGACACAGAUGGUUGAACUGGAGUCUAUCAAACUUGAGUAUGCAAAUGCACAACUAGAGUGUAAUGCAGCCGAUGAACGUGCCAAGCUGAUAGCUUCUGAAGUAAUUGGUCUUGAAGAGAAGGCCUUAAGACUAAGGUCUAAUGAGUUAAAGCUGGAGAGGCAAUUGGAGAACUUAGAAGCUGAAAUCUCUUCAUACAAGAAGAAAAUGUCUAGCAUGGAGAAAGAACGUCAUGAUUUUCAAUCAACUAUUGAUGCUCUUCAGGAAGAGAAGAAGCUGUUGCAGUCUAAGUUACGCAAAGCUUCUGCCAGUGGAAAGUCUAUUGAUAUUAGCAAUCCUUCUAACAGAAAAGACAUGGCUACAUCUACGGAAGAUUUAGAUACUUCUCCUAGUACUUCUAACCAUGAAGUAAAAGAUGGAGAAUCUCUUACUGAAAAUGAUACCUCUGGCACUCCCAUGCUGCUUGAAAAUGCCACUACUGAAGUUUCAUCCGUCAUUAUCCCUCCCGAUCACAUGAGGAUGAUUCACAACAUCAAUGCUCUAAUAGCAGAGUUAGCUGUAGAGAAAGAAGAGUUAACACAAGCUUUGGCAUCUGAGUUGGCUAGCAGUUCUAGGUUGAAGGAGUUGAACAAAGAGUUGUCUAGGAAACUAGAAGCACAAACUCAAAGAUUAGAGCUUUUGACUGCUCAAAGUAUGGCCGGUGAGAUUGUUCCUAUGAGGCUACCUGAUUCUCGCACAGCACAUGAAGAUAUUGUACUUGCAGAUGAGGGCGAUGAGGUGGUGGAAAGAGUCUUGGGAUGGAUUAUGAAGCUCUUUCCUGGUGGUCCAUCGCGCCGAAGGACCAGCAAGCUUCUUUAAGAUGUGGGGUGGUCUGAUUGACAGUGGACAGCCAAUACUUGAAGCUUCCAUUGUUCUUUUCUUCAAGUUGCUACUUGCUAGGUAAUACAUUGGAGAUCAUAAGUUGUACAUUUCGAGUCAGAAUGCGUGGUUCAUUAUUCUUUUUUAAUAUCAAAGAAGCAGGCUAACCUUGACCUUUCGAGGCCUUUGAUAGCCUUAGGGAAUCCAAAUUGUUAUUUCUUCAAGGAAGAUGUGAAAAAAGGAAAAGAAAGUGAAAGCAUCUGCUUCCUACAUUUGUUUCACCUUUGCCUUCACUUCACAAAUUUUGGUGGGAGUGUUACUUGAUACUUAGACAGGAAAGGAAGUAAUUACUAUUAACAGGCUUUCAGUUGUAUUUUUGGGCUGUUUGUUCUGCACUUCAUUACUCUACUAUGUAACCAUCAUGAGAACCUUGAAGGGAUUGAGUUGAGCCCAAUGAUGAAAUUGUCACAUUAUUUUCAAUAAUCUUCAGCUUCAUUAUCUUA